AUGUCCUUUUCCCACUGUUUGCCAGCAUUGCCCAAGGAGGAGAUCACCCCGAAGCCAAAGAAGAGGAAAGAAAAACGGCUGAGUGACAUCAAACUUGACAAACCGACAGGCGACGACGAACCUGUUACAAAAGUCGACACAGCCGCUUUGGCCAAGAAAGUCCGUGACUGGCAGAAGAAUACUGUGAUGGGUUCUUGCUUGGAUGGUUCUACUUUGGAACACCUGGGUGUAGCGGAGAAGACGCUGUCUGAGGAAUCCUGGCUCGCGGUUUCAAAGACUGGUUUGCUUUGCAUCCCAUGCAACCGAGCUUCGCUGAAUGGGGCAUGGUCUGAUGGAACUGCAGGCAGUGAUGUAAAAGACCUGCGGCUUUGGUUUGUUACCAAGCAUGCCAAGAGCAAAAGUCAUGUCCAGGCAGUGAAGCAGAUGUUGAAAGUGAACGCAGGGCCUGCGGGGGCCCCCGCCCUUUCAGAGUUUGAAGAUGUCUUAGACCAACUUCAAUCGGGAUCCUCACUCAGAGGCACGUCCAAAUCAUCUUUCUCAGACAAAGUCGCUCUCAUUGCCUGGAGCCUCCAAGAAGCUGCAUUGUGUGAGAUUAGGGAGCAUCUCAGAAAUGCUCAAACUUUGUCUUUGACCAGGGACGCGCGACGCCAGCGCCUCCUGAUCCGAUUUGGAUCGUGUGAUGGGAAAGGAAACAGCCAUGCCGGCAUCUUGGGAUUAGUUCGGGAUUUUGGGGACAAUGCGGGUGAGAUCGUCAAAGCCACUCGACAUAUUUUGAAGCGGGUAUGUACCUCCUGGGGGGCGCCUCCACGGUGGUAUCACGGACCGCCGGCCUAUUUCAAUGAGGAACUCUUCAACUAUGUUCGGGAACACAUUGAAUUGCUGACAACCGAUGCGGCUGCUAAUGAAAUCCUGGCGAGCAAUAUUGGGGCUGGUCACCGCAGUAGCAAGCUUGAAGGAGACACCGUGGAAACUGCGCUGACUCCAAACUUGAAGAUGAUCGGGAGGGACAAAGCUCACAGUUUCAGGCGGUUGAUGACAAGGCCUUUCAAAUGUGAUGAGUACUUGGAUUCUAUUGUUGAUGAGUUUGUCACAGCCAAAUCUUCAGUGGUGCAGCGGCUGCACAACUCUUGGGACUUAAAGAGGAUCUUGACUGAGGAGAUUGAAGCUGCUGAUCCUGAGCUUGGGACAAACAUGAAAUCUCUGAGGGCAGCUAAGCACCGCUUUGAGAGCUUGGCGGCACCGAUGGGGAGGUGUAUCCUUUAUCUCCCACAGUUCCUAAAGACUAUGCAGCGGAUUUGUGAGUCCAGGGCUGACAAUAUUGCGACUGAGACCAAAGCCUUUCUUCAAGGCUUGACAGCAGAGAAGCUUCUACAGCUCUCAUUACUCGCUGAUGGGCUGGACGAAACAAUGUUGCUUGUCAGGAUUGUGGACGCUGAAAGCGUCGAUGUCGCUAGCUUACCAUUAGACAUACAGGCUUUGGUUGAUCGACUGCAUGGUUUGUUUGGCCCGGAUCGCCUUGCAUUGACAACACCCGGGUACACAAAGUAUAUGACAGACCUCCUGCAACAAGGAAACGUGUCCUACAUUGUCAAAGGACAGGUUCAUCGACUGAGGCUGCCGAAUGCUGCUGCAACAAUGGACCGUUUGUUCCACCGAAUGGGAUGCUGGAUGAAGUUAGUCAUGGAAGUUCUUCGGACGGAAUGGCCAGACUAUACUUUGUUUGCUUCACUGGGCAUCUUUGGAUUGGCUAAGACUACGGCUAAGACAACAAUGGCUGUGACUGAGUUCUCGGUUGAUGAUACAACAUCAGGACGGGAUCGAACAGAUGAACGCAUUGACAAGGGCCUGAAAAGGCAAACUCCGGAUGGUGAGCCAAACACCAUACAAGCAUGGCUGCGGAAGAGGAGACGAGGAGUUGACCAUGCCAUUCAAAGUGUUGAGAACUUGGACUGA